AUGGACAGAGAACCAGGACGAGGGGAGCCAGCGCACGCGCAGGCCCGAGAGGGGGAGGCCGCGGGGGGCCGGGGGCGCGCGAAAAAGCCCCGGGAGCGCAGCCGCCACGGGAAGGAGAACCGGAGGAGGGGGCGCCAGCGCACCCCCAGGCGCCGAGAGGGGGAGGCCGCGGGGGGCCGGGGGCGCGCGAAAAAGCCCCGGGAGCGCAGCCUGCACGGGGAAGGAGAACCGGAGGAGGGGGCGCCAGCGCACCCCAGGCCCGAGAGGGGGAGGCCGCGGGGGGCCGGGGCGCGCGAAAAAGCCCCGGGAGCGCAGCCGCCACGGGGAAGGAGAACCGGAGGAGGGGGCGCCAGCGCACCCCCAGGCCCGAGGGGGGAGGCCGCGGGGGCCGGGGGCGCGCGAAAAAGCCCCGGGAGCGCAGCCGCCACGGGGAAGGAGAACCGGAGGAGGGGGCGCCAGCGCACCCCAGGCCCGAGAGGGGGAGGCCGCGGGGGGCCGGGGGCGCGCGAAAAAAGCCCCGGGAGCGCAGCCGCCACGGGAAGGAGAACCGGAGGAGGGGGCGCCAGCGCACCCCAGGCCCAGGACGGGGAGGGCACGCGGGGCCGCGGGCGAGCGAAAAAGCCCCGGGAGCGCAACCGGCAAAGGGACAGAGAACCAGACGAGGGGGCGCCAACGCACGCGCAGGCCCAGGAGGGGGAGGCCACGCGGGGCCGGGGGCACGCGAAAAAGCCCCGGGAGCGCAGCCGCCACGGGGAAGGAGAACCGGAGGAGGGGGCGCCAGCGCACCCCCAGGCCCGAGAGGGGGAGGCCGCGGGGGGCCGGGGGCGCGCGAAAAAGCCCCGGGAGCGCAGCCGCCACGGGGAAGGAGAACCGGAGGAGGGGGCGCCAGCGCACCCCCAGGCCCGAGAGGGGGAGGCCGCGGGGGGCCGGGGGCGCGCGAAAAAGCCCCGGGGGCGCAGCCGCCACGGGGAAGGAGAACCGGAGGAGGGGGCGCCAGCGCACGCGCAGGCCCAGGACGGGGAGGCCACGCGGGGCCCAGGAGGGGGAGGCCACGCGGGGCCGGGGGCGCGCGAAAAAGCCCCGGGAGCGCAGCCGCCACGGGGAAGGAGAACCGGAGGAGGGGGCGCCAGCGCACCCCCAGGCCCGAGAGGGGGAGGCCGCGGGGGGCCGGGGCCGCGCGAAAAAAGCCCCGGGAGCGCAGCCGCCACGGGGAAGGAGAACCGGAGGAGGGGGCGCCAGCGCACCCCCAGGCCCGAGAGGGGGAGGCCGCGGGGGGCCGGGGGCGCGCGAAAAAGCCCCGGGGGCGCAGCCGCCACGGGGAAGGAGAACCGGAGGAGGGGGGCGCCAGCGCACGCGCAGGCCCAGGACGGGGAGGCCACGCGGGGCCGCGGGCGAGCGAAAAAGCCCCGGGAGCGCAACCGGCAAAGGGACAGAGAACCAGACGAGGGGGCGCCAACGCACGCGCAGGCCCAGGAGGGGGAGGCCACGCGGGGCCGGGGGCGCGCGAAAAAGCCCCGGGAGCGCAGCCGCCACGGGGAAGGAGAACCGGAGGAGGGGGCGCCAGCGCACCCCCAGGCCCGAGAGGGGGAGGCCGCGGGGGGCCGGGGCCGCGCGAAAAAGCCCCGGGAGCGCAGCCGCCACGGGGAAGGAGAACCGGAGGAGGGGGCGCCAGCGCACCCCCAGGCCCGAGAGGGGGAGGCCGCGGGGGCCGGGGGCGCGCGAAAAAGCCCCGGGGGCGCAGCCGCCACGGGGAAGGAGAACCGGAGGAGGGGGGCGCCAGCGCACGCGCAGGCCCAGGACGGGGAGGCCACGCGGGGCCGCGGGCGAGCGAAAAAGCCCCGGGAGCGCAACCGGCAAAGGGACAGAGAACCAGACGAGGGGGCGCCAACGCACGCGCAGGCCCAGGAGGGGGAGGCCACGCGGGGCCGGGGGCGCGCGAAAAAGCCCCGGGAGCGCAGCCGCCACGGGGAAGGAGAACCGGAGGAGGGGCGCCAGCGCACCCCCAGGCCCGAGAGGGGGAGGCCGCGGGGGGCCGGGGCCGCGCGAAAAAGCCCCGGGAGCGCAGCCGCCACGGGGAAGGAGAACCGGAGGAGGGGGCGCCAGCGCACCCCCAGGCCCGAGAGGGGGAGGCCGCGGGGGGCCGGGGGCGCGCGAAAAAGCCCCGGGGGCGCAGCCGCCACGGGAAGGAGAACCGGAGGAGGGGGCGCCAGCGCACGCGCAGGCCCAGGACGGGGAGGCCACGCGGGGCCGCGGGCGAGCGAAAAAGCCCCGGGAGCGCAACCGGCAAAGGGACAGAGAACCAGACGAGGGGGCGCCAACGCACGCGCAGGCCCAGGAGGGGGAGGCCACGCGGGGCCGGGGCGCGCGAAAAAGCCCCGGGAGCGCAGCCGGCGAAGCGCGGGGGGCAGCACCCCGAGGGCGGGGAAAAACGGCAGCCGCGAGCGGGCAGACCGCCGGGGCGCGGGCGAAAGCGGAGCGCGACCCGGGAAAGGGGCACCAGCCGGGGCAAGGCCGCCGGAGAGGGGGGGGGAGGGGCGACCGGGGCCCGCGCGGGAACGCCGGGGCCGAGGGACGGGAAACGCGGGGCGGGGAGAGGGCCCGGCGGCCCCGCGCGGACGCCGCCACCCCCGAGCCGACAGCCCCCCGGGGGCCGGGGAGAGCGCCCCCCAAAGGGCGAAAGGGGAACGGCCGGAGCGCGCCGAGGCCGAGCCCCAGGGACGGCAAACGCGGGGCGAGGAGAGAGCCCGGGGCCCCCGAGCAGACGCCGCCACCCGCGGGCCGAGGGCCCCCCGGGGCCGGGGAGAGCGCCCCCCGAAGGGCGAAGAGGGGACGGGCCGGAGCGCGCCGAGGCCGAGCCCCAGGGACGGCAAACGCGGGGCGCGGAGAGAGCCAGAGGGCCCCGACCGGACGCCGCCGGCCCCAGGGCCCCAACCCCCGGGGAGGCCGAGAGACGGCCCCCCAAACGGCAGGAGGGGGCCCGCGGAACGCAGGCACCGGACCGCCCCGGGACGCGGGGCGGGGGCGGCCGGGGGCCCCGAGGCCCGCGACCGGACCCCCGAGGGGCAGCCCCGGGGACCCCCGCACCGCGGAGAGAGCGGCGAGAAACCGCGCCGCGGCCGAAAGCGGAACGCGACCCGGGAAGGGCGCAGCGGCCGGGGCAAGGCCGCCGGCGAGGGGGGGGGGAAGGGCGACCGGGGCCCGCGCCGGAACGCCGAGGCCGAGGGGCGGGAAACGCGGGGCGGGGAGGGAGGCCGGCGGCCCCGCGCGGACGCCGCCACCCCCGAGCCGACAGCCCCCCGGGGGCCGGGGAGAGCGCCCCCCAAAGGGCGAAAAGGGGACCGGCCGGAGCGCGCCGAGGCAGAGGCCCAGAGACGGCAGACGCGGGGCGAGGAGAGAGCCCGGGGCCCCCGAGCAGACGCCGCCAGCCCAGAGCCGGGGCACCCCAGGGGGCAGGAGAGAGCGCCCACCGAGGGGGAACGGGGAACGGCCGGAGCGCGCCGAGGCAGAGACCCAGGGACGGCAGACGCGGGGCGAGGAGAGACCCCGGGGCCCCCGAGCAGACGCCGCCAGCCCAGAGCCGGGGCACCCAAGGGGGCCGGAGAGAGCGGCCACCGAGACAGAAACGGGGAACGGCCGGAGCGCGCCGAGGCAGAGGAGGGGGGGCGAGCGCACGCGCAGGCCCAAGAGAGGGAGGCCACGCGGGGCCGGGGGCGCGGGAAAGAGACCGGGGAGCGCAACGGGCAAAGGGACAGAGAACCAGACGAGGGGGAGCCGGCGCACGCGCAGGCCCGAGAGGGGGAGGCCGCGGGGGGCCGGGGGCGCGCGAAAAGGCCCCGGGAGCGCAACCGGCAAAGGGACAGAGAACCAGACGAGGGGGAGCCAGCGCACCCGCAGGCCCGAGAGGGGGAGGCCGCGGGGGGCCGGGGGCGCGCGAAAAGGCCCCGGGAGCGCAACCGGCAAAGGGACAGAGAACCAGACGAGGGGGAGCCGGCGCACGCGCAGGCCCGAGAGGGGGAGGCCGCGGGGGCCGGGGGCGCGCGAAAAAGCCCCGGGAGCGCAGCCGGCACGGGGAAGGAGAACCGGAGGAGGGGGCGCCAGCGCACGCGCAGGCCCAAGACGGGGAGGCCGCGGGGGGCCGGGGGCGCGCGAAAAAGCCCCGGGAGCGCAGCCGCCACGGGGAAGGAGAACCAGACGAGGGGGAGCCGGCGCACGCGCAGGCCCAAGACGGGGAGGCCGCGCGGGGCCGGGGGCGCGCGAAAAAGCCCCGGGAGCGCAGGCGCCACGGGGAAGGCGAACCGGAGGAGGGGGCGCCAGCGCACGCGCAGGCCCAGGACGGGGAGGCCACGCGGGGCCGCAGGCGACCGAAAAAGCCCCGGGAGCGCAACCGGCAAAGGGACAGAGAACCAGACGAGGGGGAGCCAGCGCACGCGCAGGCCCGAGAGGGGGAGGCCGCGGGGGGCCGGGGGCGCGCGAAAAAGCCCCGGGAGCGCAGCCGCCACGGGGAAGGAGAACCGGAGGAGGGGGCGCCAGCGCACCCCCAGGCCCGAGAGGGGGAGGCCGCGGGGGGCCGGGGGCGCGCGAAAAAGCCCCGGGAGCGCAGCCGCCACGGGGAAGGAGAACCGGAGGAGGGGGCGCCAGCGCACCCCCAGGCCCGAGAGGGGAGGCCGCGGGGGGCCGGGGGCGCGCGAAAAAGCCCCGGGAGCGCAGCCGCCACGGGGAAGGAGAACCGGAGGAGGGGGCGCCAGCGCACCCCCAGGCCCGAGAGGGGGAGGCCGCGGGGGGCCGGGGGGCGCGCGAAAAAGCCCCGGGAGCGCAGCCGCCACGGGGAAGGAGAACCGGAGGAGGGGGCGCCAGCGCACCCCCAGGCCCGAGAGGGGGAGGCCGCGGGGGGCCGGGGGCGCGCGAAAAAGCCCCGGGAGCGCAGCCGCCACGGGGAAGGAGAACCGGAGGAGGGGGCGCCAGCGCACCCCCAGGCCCAGGACGGGGAGGGCACGCGGGGCCGCGGGCGAGCGAAAAAGCCCCGGGAGCGCAACCGGCAAAGGACAGAGAACCAGACGAGGGGGCGCCAACGCACGCGCAGGCCCAGGAGGGGGAGGCCACGCGGGGCCGGGGGCACGCGAAAAAGCCCCGGGAGCGCAGCCGCCACGGGGAAGGAGAACCGGAGGAGGGGGCGCCAGCGCACCCCCAGGCCCGAGAGGGGGAGGCCGCGGGGGCCGGGGGCGCGCGAAAAAGCCCCGGGAGCGCAGCCGCCACGGGGAAGGAGAACCGGAGGAGGGGGCGCCAGCGCACCCCCAGGCCCGAGAGGGGGAGGCCGCGGGGGGCCGGGGGCGCGCGAAAAAGCCCCGGGGGCGCAGCCGCCACGGGGAAGGAGAACCGGAGGAGGGGGGCGCCAGCGCACGCGCAGGCCCAGGACGGGGAGGCCACGCGGGGCCGCGGGCGAGCGAAAAAGCCCCGGGAGCGCAACCGGCAAAGGGACAGAGAACCAGACGAGGGGGCGCCAACGCACGCGCAGGCCCAGGAGGGGGAGGCCACGCGGGGCCGGGGGCGCGCGAAAAAGCCCCGGGAGCGCAGCCGCCACGGGGAAGGAGAACCGGAGGAGGGGGCGCCAGCGCACCCCCAGGCCCGAGAGGGGGAGGCCGCGGGGGCCGGGGCCGCGCGAAAAAGCCCCGGGAGCGCAGCCGCCACGGGGAAGGAGAACCGGAGGAGGGGGCGCCAGCGCACCCCCAGGCCCGAGAGGGGAGGCCGCGGGGGGCCGGGGGCGCGCGAAAAAGCCCCGGGGGCGCAGCCGCCACGGGGAAGGAGAACCGGAGGAGGGGGGCGCCAGCGCACGCGCAGGCCCAGGACGGGGAGGCCACGCGGGGCCGCGGGCGAGCGAAAAAGCCCCGGGAGCGCAACCGGCAAAGGGACAGAGAACCAGACGAGGGGGCGCCAACGCACGCGCAGGCCCAGGAGGGGGAGGCCACGCGGGGCCGGGGGCGCGCGAAAAAGCCCCGGGAGCGCAGCCGCCACGGGGAAGGAGAACCGGAGGAGGGGGCGCCAGCGCACCCCCAGGCCCGAGAGGGGGAGGCCGCGGGGGGCCGGGGCCGCGCGAAAAAGCCCCGGGAGCGCAGCCGCCACGGGGAAGGAGAACCGGAGGAGGGGGCGCCAGCGCACCCCCAGGCCCGAGAGGGGGAGGCCGCGGGGGGCCGGGGGCGCGCGAAAAAGCCCCGGGGGCGCAGCCGCCACGGGGAAGGAGAACCGGAGGAGGGGGGCGCCAGCGCACGCGCAGGCCCAGGACGGGGAGGCCACGCGGGGCCGCGGGCGAGCGAAAAAGCCCCGGGAGCGCAACCGGCAAAUGGACAGAGAACCAGACGAGGGGGCGCCAACGCACGCGCAGGCCCAGGAGGGGGAGGCCACGCGGGGCCGGGGCGCGCGAAAAAGCCCCGGGAGCGCAGCCGCCACGGGGAAGGAGAACCGGAGGAGGGGGCGCCAGCGCACCCCCAGGCCCGAGAGGGGGAGGCCGCGGGGGGCCGGGGCCGCGCGAAAAAGCCCCGGGAGCGCAGCCGCCACGGGGAAGGAGAACCGGAGGAGGGGGCGCCAGCGCACCCCCAGGCCCGAGAGGGGGAGGCCGCGGGGGCCGGGGGCGCGCGAAAAAGCCCCGGGGGCGCAGCCGCCACGGGGAAGGAGAACCGGAGGAGGGGGGCGCCAGCGCACGCGCAGGCCCAGGACGGGGAGGCCACGCGGGGCCGCGGGCGAGCGAAAAAGCCCCGGGAGCGCAACCGGCAAAGGGACAGAGAACCAGACGAGGGGGCGCCAACGCACGCGCAGGCCCAGGAGGGGGAGGCCACGCGGGGCCGGGGGCGCGCGAAAAAGCCCCGGGAGCGCAGCCGGCGAAGCGCGGGGGGCAGCACCCCGAGGGCGGGGAAAAACGGCAGCCGCGAGCGGGCAGACCGCCGGGGCCGCGGGCGAAAGCGGAGCGCGACCCGGGAAAGGGGCACCAGCCGGGGCAAGGCCGCCGGAGAGGGGGGGGGAGGGGCGACCGGGGCCCGCGCGGGAACGCCGGGGCCGAGGGACGGGAAACGCGGGGCGGGGAGAGGGCCCGGCGGCCCCGCGCGGACGCCGCCACCCCCGAGCCGACAGCCCCCCGGGGGCCGGGGAGAGCGCCCCCCAAAGGGCGAAAGGGGGAACGGCCGGAGCGCGCCGAGGCCGAGCCCCAGGGACGGCAAACGCGGGGCGAGGAGAGAGCCCGGGGCCCCCGAGCAGACGCCGCCACCCGCGGGCCGAGGGCCCCCCGGGGGCCGGGGAGAGCGCCCCCCGAAGGGCGAAGAGGGGACGGGCCGGAGCGCGCCGAGGCCGAGCCCCAGGGACGGCAAACGCGGGGCGCGGAGAGAGCCAGAGGGCCCCGACCGGACGCCGCCGGCCCCAGGGCCCCAACCCCCGGGGAGGCCGAGAGACGGCCCCCCAAACGGCAGGAGGGGGGCCCGCGGAACGCAGGCACCGGACCGCCCCGGGACGCGGGGGCGGGGGCGGCCGGGGGGCCCCGAGGCCCGCGACCGGACCCCCGAGGGGCAGCCCCGGGGACCCCCGCACCGCGGAGAGAGCGGCGAGAAACCGCGCCGCGGCCGAAAGCGGAACGCGACCCGGGAAGGGCGCAGCGGCCGGGGCAAGGCCGCCGGCGAGGGGGGGGGGAAGGGCGACCGGGGCCCGCGCCGGAACGCCGAGGCCGAGGGGCGGGAAACGCGGGGCGGGGAGGGAGGCCGGCGGCCCCGCGCGGACGCCGCCACCCCCGAGCCGACAGCCCCCCGGGGCGGGGAGAGCGCCCCCAAAGGGCGAAAAGGGGACCGGCCGGAGCGCGCCGAGGCAGAGGCCCAGAGACGGCAGACGCGGGGCGAGGAGAGAGCCCGGGGCCCCCGAGCAGACGCCGCCAGCCCAGAGCCGGGGCACCCCAGGGGGCAGGAGAGAGCGCCCACCGAGGGGGGAACGGGAACGGCCGGAGCGCGCCGAGGCAGAGACCCAGGGACGGCAGACGCGGGGCGAGGAGAGACCCCGGGGCCCCCGAGCAGACGCCGCCAGCCCAGAGCCGGGCACCCAAGGGGGCCGGAGAGAGCGGCCACCGAGACAGAAACGGGGAACGGCCGGAGCGCGCCGAGGCAGAGGCCCAGGGACGGCAAACGCGGGGGGGGAGAGGCCCCGGGGCCCCCGAGCAGACGCCGCCACCCCAGGGCCGGGGCACCCCAGGGGGCCGGAGGGAGCGCCCACCGAGGGAGAAAGGGGGAACGGCCGGAGCGCGCGGAGGCAGAGACCCAGGGACGGCAGACGCGGGGCGAGGAGAGACCCCGGGGCCCCCGAGCAGACGCCGCCACCCCAGGGCCGGGGCACCCCAGGGGCCGGAGGGAGCGCCCACCGAGGGAGAAAGGGGAACGGCCGGAGCGCGCGGAGGCAGAGACCCAGGGACGGCAGACGCGGGGCGAGGAGAGACCCCGGGGCCCCCGAGCAGACGCCGCCACCCCAGGGCCGGGGCACCCCAGGGGGCCGGAGGGAGCGCCCACCGAGGGAGAAACGGGAACGGCCGGAGCGCGCCGAGGCAGAGACCCAGGGACGGCAAACGCGGGGCGAGGAGAGACCCGGGGCCCGCGAGCAGACGCCGCCACCCCAGGGCCGGGGCACCCCAGGGGCCGGAGGGAGCGGCCACCGAGACAGAAACGGGGAACGGCCGGAGCGCGCCGAGGCCGAGACCCAGGGACGGCCAAACGCGGGGGGGAGAGGCCCCGGGGCCCCCGAGCAGACGCCGCCACCCCAGGGCCGGGGCACCCCAGGGGGCCGGAGAGAGCGCCCACCGAAGGGGGAACGGGGAACGGCCGGAGCGCGCCGAGGCCGAGCCCCAGGGACGGCAAACGCGGGGCGGGGAGAGACCCCGGGGCCCCCGAGCAGACGCCGCCACCCCAGAGCCGGGGCACCCCAGGGGGCCGGAGAGAGCGCCCACCGAAGGGGGAACGGGGAACGGCCGGAGCGCGCCGAGGCAGAGGCCCAGAGACGGCAGAACGCGGGGCGAGGAGAGACCCCGGGGCCCCCGAGCAGACGCCGCCAGCCCAGAGCCGGGGCACCCAAAGGGGCCGAAGAGAGCGGCCACCGAGACAGAAGCGGGGAACGGCCGGAGCGCGCCGAGGCAGAGACCCAGGGACGGCAAACGCGGGGGGGGGAGAGGCCCCGGGGCCCCCGAGCAGACGCCGCCACCCCAGGGCCGGGCACCCCAGGGGGCCGGAGAGAGCGCCCACCGAAGGGGAACGGGAACGGCCGGAGCGCGCCGAGGCCGAGACCCAGGGACGCCAAACGCGGGGCGAGGAGAGGGCCCCGGGGCCCCCGAGCAGACGCCGCCACCCCAGGGCCGGGGCACCCCAGGGGGCCGGAGGGAGCGGCCACCGAGGGAGCAACGGGGAACGGCCGGAGCGCGCCGAGGCAGAGACCCAGGGACGGCAAACGCGGGGGGGGGAGAGACCCCGGGGCCCCCGAGCAGACGCCGCCACCCCAGGGCCGGGGCACCCCAGGGGGCCGGAGGGAGCGGCCACCGAGACAGAAACGGGGAACGGCCGGAGCGCGCCGAGGCAGAGCCCAGGGACGGCAAACGCGGUGGGGGGAGAGCCCCGGGGCCCCGAGGCAGACGCCGCCACCCCAGGGCCGGGGCACCCCAGGGGGCCGGAGAGAGCGGCCACCGAAGGGGGAACGGGGAACGGCCGGGAGCGCGCAGAGGCAGAGACCCAGGGACGGCAAACGCGGGGGGGGAGAGGCCCCGGGGCCCCCGAGCAGACGCCGCCACCCCAGAGCCGGGGCACCCCAGGGGGCAGGAGAGAGCGCCCACGAAGGGGGAACGGGGAACGGCCGGAGCGCGCCGAGGCCGAGCCCCAGGGACGCCAAACGCGGGGGAGGAGAGACCCCGGGGCCCCCGAGCAGACGCCGCCAGCCCAGAGCCGGGGCACCCCAGGGGGCCGGAGAAAGCGCCACCCAAAGGGAGGAGCGGGACCCGCAGAACGCGGGCACCGGGCCGCGCCGGGACACGGGGACGGGCGCGCGCGGGAGGCCCCGAGGCCCACGAGGAGGCCCCGAGGGGCAGCGCCGGGGACCCCGCCGGCGCGGAGAGAGAGGCGAAAGACGGGGACCGGGGCCCGCCGGAGACAGGGCCCGCCGAGGCCGAAGCGCGGGGCGGCCAGAAGCCGCCGGGGACCCGCCCGGAACGCCGGAGGACCACCCCGACCGGGGCGCCGGGCGGACCCGGGCCGCCCACACGGAAGCCCGGGGGACGGAGCCAGCAGGCCGCGGCCCGCCCGGGAGAACCGAGCCCACGGGGCACCCCGCCGGGGGGAGCCACGGGGCACCCCGCCGGGGGGGGCCACGGGGCACCCCGCAGCGACGGAGGGGGGCCGCGCGCCCCAGACGGCCGAGGGGCGCGGCCGCCACCCGCGACCCACCCCGGGGGACCACCGCGGCGGCCCGAGGGGGGCAACGGCGGGGCACCCGCGGCCCGACACGGCCGCGCGCCGCCCCGGCCGCCGCGCCCCGCCGGCGCCCCCCCGACCGCCGGAGCAGGACCCCCACCCGGGCACCGCGCGGACCCGGGCCGCCCACACGGAAGCCCGGGGGACGGAACCGGCAGGCCGCGCCCGCCCGGAGAACCGAGCCACGGGGCACCCCGCGGGGGGGGGCCACGGGGCACCCAGCCGGGGGGGGCACGGGGCACCCAGCCGGGGGGGCCACGGGGCGCCCAGCGGGGGGGGGCCACGGGGCGCCCAGCGGGGGGGCCACGGGGCGCCCAGCCGGGGGAGCCACGGGGCACCCCGCAGCGACGGAGGGGGGGCCGCCGCGCCCGGGGACCGCCAGGGGCCGGCGCCGCGCGCGCGCCACCGCCCGCGACGCGCCACCCCGCGGGCCGCCGCCGCCGGGAGAGGCCCCCACCGGACCGCCCCCGCCACGGGGCACCCCCCAGCGACGGAGGGGCCGGCCGGCCGCCCCGGCCACGGGGACCCCCGGGACGCCGGAGGGGGGCGAACCGAGGGCGCACCGGGGGGCCGCCGCCGCGGCCGACAAAAACGGGGAGCGAGGGAGGACGGGCAAGGGAGCGCAGCGAGGCGGCGCGGCCACGCACGAAACCCGGACCCAGAAGCAGGGCGGCGACGAGGCAGGGAGCACCGGGGGCGCCACAAACGGCUUGGGAACGGCGCCAGAGAGGGGCGGCACGCGGGCGGCCGCACCCCGGGCCAGGCACGAACGGCGCGCCACACCGGCCGGCCCCGGGGGGGGCGACCGGCGAGCCCAGGCCAAGCAAAGGCCCGCGGCGCGCGGGGAGCGGGACGGGGAGGCGGGAGGCGGACGGAGAGGCGGGCAGGCAGAAGCCCACAGAGGGGAGCGGCGCACCAGGGGCGCCGCAGCCAAGCACACGCACCAAAGGGCGGAACCGGCGGGGCCGCGCGGACGGAGCAGGAGGACGAGGGCAACGACGGGACAGCAGGAGGGGAAAACGAACCGGGCGCACGACGGGCGAAACCCAGCGCACGGGCCCGAGGAGGGGGAACAAGCCAACGCGGGGGGAAGGCGGCGGCACAAGGAGAGGAAGAGCCGACAGCGAAGGAGCAAAAAGCGACGGCGCGAGGAACGCGGGGCCGCCACAAGCCAGGGAGCCCGGGGGGAACGGGGCGGACACCGCCGGCGGAAAACCCAAAAAGCCAGAAGGAGCGGGAGGCCCGCGGGCACGGGCCGGACGCAGACGGAAAAGCAAGAGCAAGCGAGCGGGGGCCCGGCGGCGCCGCGGAGGGGGCGGGCCGCCCGGAGCGCGCCGGAGGACACCGGCGGGACCGGGGGACAGGGGACCGCCCCAGGCAAACGCCCCACCGGCCACGGGCCCCGGGGCAGGGCGCGCCCGAGACCCAGGGGGGCCCGGGGCGGGGACGCCAGAAGCGAGAGCCCGCCGGGGGCGCGCCGCCCGGCCGCACCGGGGAAGGGAGGAAACGAGAAGAGGAGGGGAGGGCACCGACGGCGCCCGGGCGAGACGAGGCCGCCCACGGAGGCGACACCCCGCAGGGCGCGGCACAGGGCCAGACGAGAGGCAAGCGCAACAGGGGCGGCGGGCCCGCGGAGGCGGCCAAGCCCGGGCCCGGGCGGGGGGGCGCGAGAGAGCAGGGAGGGACAGGGGGAAGCGCGGGCAGCCAGGCAGGCGCGGCACGAAGGAGAGGACGAGGCAGGGGGCGACCGGAAGAGAGGCAGAGGGACGCCCGCCGGGGACCCGCGCGGCAGGGGAAGGGCGGCACGGGGACAGGCAGAGCACGGGGCAGAAAGCACAGCGCGGCAACACCCGCCGCGGGCCGGCGCGAGCGGGGGGGAAGGAAACAGGCGGAGGCCCCGGGGCCGCACCAGGGCGAAGCCGGCGGCGAGGCGCCGGCCGAGGCGCCGCGCCGGGGAGGCCGCCCGCCCCGGGCCCCCGCCCGGAGGAGGGGGGGCACCGAGACGGAGGGCCCGACGCGGGCCGGAGCGGGGGAGAGCCGCGAGAAGGGCCCGGCGCACGGCCAGAGGCGCCGCCGCACACCGCGACGCACCCCCCCCGCCGGCCCCGGCCCGACGCGGGCGCCGCGGACACCCCCGCCGCACCGCCCCAGACGCCCCCCGCCGCCCCGGAGCCGCGCCGCCCGGCCCCCCCGAGGGAGGAACAGGACGACACGGACGGAGCGGGAGGAACGCCCGAGGCGGGGACGGAGGGGCCGGGCGCCGCACGCCGGAGGCGGGAACGGGAAGGGCGACGCGGGGCGGCCGCGCCCCCAGCCGCGGCGCGGGCCCAGCCCCGCGGCGCACCGCAGCCCGACCGACCCAGCCCGGAGAGCCAGCCGGAGCCCGAAGGGACGGAGCGGACGGGCCGACGGCCCGGACGCCGCCGGGGGCGAACACGCCAGAGGCGGGGCACCGGGGAGACCGGCGGCGGAGAGGGGACGGCCCGGCGCGAGACGGACACCGGCGCCCCCGGAGGGCAAGGGCCGACGAGAGCGCACCGGACGCCGCCGGAACCGCGGCGCGGCCAGGGCGGGGGCCCCGCGCGCGGGACGAACCCAGGCCAGGGGGCCCGGCCCGGCACAAAGAAAAGAGAAACGCGGCCCGGGGCCCCCGCCAGCGGCGCCGGGGCGGGGGCGGGACCGCACGGGGGCGCGCGCGGCGCCCGGCGCCGCCACGCCGGGGGCGGGAGCGGAACCAGACGCCCGGGCGAGCGGCCGGGGGCGACGGAGGCCAGCGCCCGCCCGCCGAACGGCGGGCGCCCAGCCCGGAGGACCGACGGACCCAGGGGCAACGGCGGGGCACAGGGAACCCGGCGCCACGGCGGCCGGCAAAGCGCGCGGGGAAGAGGGCGACGACCACCAAGAGCGGCACCCGCGGCGGCGCCACCCGGGCCCACGCCCGGGGCGGCCGCGCCACCGCGGCGGCCCGCCGACGCGGCGAGGCGGAGCCCGGGAGACAGGGGCGGGCCGGCGACGGCCGGGAGGGGCCCGACGCGCCAGCGCCAGCCAGGGCAGGGCGAGGGGAGGCGGCAGGGGAGGGGGGACACACGCCGGAGCGGAGGCCGACGGCCAGGGCCACCGGCCGGCGGGCGAGAGCAACCAACACCGGGCGGGGGGCGGGAGCGGCGGCAGCGGGCGCCGGAACCCGGCGGGCGGGGCAGCCCGCAGCGCCAGGGCGGCGGACCAAAAGGGGCCCACGAGGCGGCGCGCAGGCCACGCCCAGGCGCCAAGCCAGCGAGCCGGGCGGCGGACCCAGGGAAAGGGGGAGAGAGGGGGAGAGCGGGGCGGCCCCAAGGCCGCGAGGCAGGCGCGGGACGGGAGAAAACGGCGGGCGAGCGAGCGCCAGCGAGCCGGAGGGAACGGCGGAGGGAACCAGCGACGAGAGGGGGCGAGGAGGCGGGCGCCCCGAGACCCAGGGCGGACGACCGAGGGGCACG